AUGUCCCAAAUGCCAGAACCACUUUCUACCAUUAGACAAACUAACUUUUCUCCUUCCGCUGAGCGGCUUAGUUCCUCUGAUAACCAAUCUUUUACCCACCACGUACAAACCCUUUACCAACUCGAGGCACCUAACGCCAAUAUUUACCUUGCUUUAUCAACUCAACUUCCUGUCUCAAAUCUCAUAGAAACUUUUCACGCUUCCGCUAAACAGAUUGACCUUUGGCUCGAAUAUGCGAAUAUCGCUAUUUUCGCUUUGGAGUUGGAUGUGCGAGAAGGAACGAACGUCAAAAGUGUUGGUGAAAUGGACGUUCUGAUUCAUAAAUUUGCCCCAAAUAUUGAUUUGUUACAGGAAUUGUCUCAAACAAUAUUUAAUAACUUAAAGGACUCCAAUGAUGAGGAAAAGCGAAAAGAUAUUCAGGACACCCUGGAUAGAAUAUAUGCAGACUGGGUGGAUGCAAAGGCUUUCUUUGGAAGGGUAAAGAAAGAAAUGUCUGAAUCAAAACAACGUCGCGAACUUUUAGACACUAUGGAUUUAAUUUUAGCUUCAAUAGAAGAACUAAACACAAGUAUUUUCGAAUAUCAAGAACAAAGACUUAGUGGGGAGAAUGGAAGUGAAAUUUUUCCUUUUCCGAAAUUAAGUUCUAGUCCCACCACUCGAAAUUCUAGCAUUAUUAGUAAUAAUUCUCAAACUGAAUUUAGUUCGCGAUCUGAUGUUGCAUUAAUGCAAUUGGAUUCUCGUUUAGAACCUUUAUCUGCUAGAAUUGAAUAUUUAAGAUCUCGAUUGUCUGCUCCAAACGCUCCAUCUGAUCCUAAUGGCGCAUUGGCAAAAAAGAAUAAUAUUUUAUCAAAUAAGUGGGACGCUCUAAAACAUGAAAUGGAAACUUUAAGGGAGGAGUUAAAAGAGGAUAGAUGGUUGGGUGUUUUUAAACAGGUAACUGGUAACGCUGGUCAAAUGAUGGAUUCUCUUGAAAGAGCUGUUAGACAAUCAAUAACUUAUAAAAAUUUUCAAAGAUUAUAUAAAACUUUUGAUGCUAAACGAAAAUAUUAUGUUCCAACUGUAACUAAAAUGCUUACAAUGCUUGCAAAUGGAAUCAAUCAACAAAUGACAAAAGAUCGUGAUGCAAUUAAAAAGUACAGGUCCAUGAAAGAACGUUGGGAUACAAUUCUUGAUGGUGUUGCUGAAGUACAACAUGAUAUGCCAGGAAUAGAAGCGUUGCUGGAUCACUCGCUUGUAUCUAGUAAUUCACCACCUUCUUCAAUACCUUCAUCUAUAGCCUCUUCACCACCAAUGUCUCCUAAUAUGAAACCAAGAGGGAUGUUUUCUCCUGAAUCUGGUUCCCCUCCAACAAGGGGGCAGAGAUCUUUAUCACCACAUAGAGUAGAUUAUCUUGAAUCUCCACUAAAUAAUGUUAGAUCUCCAUCUUUGCGUUCAAAAUCACCAUCGCCUAGGGCUACAAGUCCUUUAGGAGGUAGUCGUAACUAUUUGACUUCUGCAAGUGGUCGUUCUGUUAGUCCGACUCCUACACCAGAUAGGCCACCUUGGAAUUCAUAUUACAAUCAAACAUAUAAUUACAAUAAUCUCAGUAAUGGUCAUCAUACCAUAUCUCCCCUACAAGGAAAUGGUCGACCAUCGAGUCGUUCUGGUUCUCCAAUAAGAUCUCCUUUAACUCGUGCAAUUUCUCCGGAAAGAAUAAAUCCAUCAAAUAUACCGCGUCCAGUUACCAGUAUGGGAAUUACAAAUAGGGCACCAUCGCGUGUUGGUAUGAGAUCAUUUUUGCCGCAACCUAGUACACCACAACCGGGAAUGGUAUCUUCGACCCGCCUGGGUAUGAUUUCUCCACCACCGAUGCGACGUCAUCAUCAAAUACGAACUCCGACACCUUCAUCCGUCACAAGCAGUUUAUCCCGACCGAUCACUCCAGAGAAUGACGAUCGUCCAAUGACUCCAUUAACUGAAAGAUUAUCAAGUAUGUCAGUAAUCAAUGAUCGUAAUUCAAACUAUAUCCCUCUUAAAAAUGAUCCACUUGACAUUGAAGUUGCAAAAAUCGUAAAUUCUUUGCCACUUAAUAUAAAAGUGGAACGUGCUCCUGGUGGUGGUGGCAAGUAUUACUUUGGCCGCGAAAAAAAAGUAUUUAGUUGUAAAUUAGUGAAUUAUGCUGCAAGUAAUAGAAAUAAGGUUAUUGUUCGAGUGGGUGGUGGUUCCCAAGAUUUAGAUAUGUUUUUAUUAGAGCAUAGUCUUACUAGUGUGAGAGAAGUAAGAUAUUAA